AUGACCACCAGCGAUAUGAGAGGAGCCCUGUACUGUCCACUACUGCUGCUGUCUACAAUCCUGCUAGCAACACACAGUGAAGCUCUCCAGUGUUAUACCUGCAUGGGCUCCAAUAAUGAGGACUGUAACCGGCAAGGCUCCAAACCCUGUCCUAGUUUCUCCGACGCUUGUGCUGUGGUGCUUGGCCAUGACAGUGGAGUGAUGAAGUCCUGCUCAUACAAGUCCUUCUGCAGUCAGGCCAACAGUCAGGGCUACCGGGCGCCUGGGGUCAAAGUUCACUGCUGCUAUAGUAACGAUUGCAACCUGACCAACCUCUCCUCACGACCUCCUCGACUCCAACAGCACCUGCUGCUGCUACCUCUGCUGCUCCUCUGCCUCCUCAAGUAG